AAACAUAAUAACAAUGAUAUUCAUGAUUGUAAAGCAAAAAAAUGUCUUACCAAAGGAGAGAGAGUCUUGAAAAUGGUUCAGAGUUGAAUAAGAUAUUGGUUUUGGAAAGGUAAAAAUCGGUAAGGCCUUCUUCAUCUUCAUGCGCUCAUCAUUUUCAUCGAUCCAAUGUGUAUGUGUUUUAUAUCUAUUUGUCCUUUACUCUGUCUAUUUCAUGAUCAUCAUCCAUGAUCAUAAUAAUAAUCAUCUUCUUGUUCAUCUGUUAGCCAACCAAGAGUUACCAUAACAACAAUAAUCGACUGACUCCCUCUGCUGUAUUUUUUCAACUCCAUGGGAUCUGGUAAAAGCCUUGUGAGUUGUUUCACUGAACAAUCACAAUUCAGUUAACUGUUUAUUGAACAUCUUUACCGUUUUAUCUCAUCGUUACACAAUAGAUAGUAUAUGUAUAUGUGUAUAUUUAAAGUAGUAGUAGCAAAAGAAAUAUCAUCAACAUCAUCAUCGACAACAACAGCAAAAGCUGGAAGCGUAAAUUAUAUGCAACUGUUCAAACAUGAUUUCUGGUUUCAAAUUGUAAGAUAUUUUGACAACAAUUGGGAAUGAUGAUCAUUUGUGAAUCUUUAUUGUCCUCACCAUUGUCAUUAUCAUCAUCUUUUUUUGCACCGGUCAACAGUCAAUUGGAAUCCUUUCUCUAUUGCCUAGCAUUGGGUUCAACAAAAGUUGAAACAACGCCAUUUAUAUCGAAAGCGCCAAUAACCAGAUUAUCAAGCCAUUUGUUAGAGAUUUCAAUUUUAUUUUCUUCAACUCUAAUUUUGUAUUGUUCAUUGUUAAAUCAGUCAACUUGCAGAGAUCAAAUUCAACUAUAAAAAAAACCAGAUUCUAAUGUUACCUUUAAUUAUUUCAAAAAUCUGGUUUUCUCUGUUUUGUUAACAUUAUCGUCUGACUAUCAAACGGAUUAUAACCCUUCAUGUUAUUGUUUUGUUUUGCUUUAUUUUUGUGCCUUUAACCAUCUUUAAUCAAUGAUUGCAAAUUUUUGCAUUUGAGCUUUCAUGUUCAAUUAACUGUCACUUAGAUUCACAGUGUCUGUAUUUGGUUUGCUGUUCUGUUCAGUUCUUUUCUUUGUUUUUUUCUCACUUACACUCAUGUGGUUCAUUAGUUAUCGCUGAUAAUUGCUUGCUGAUGUCAUCAUCAUCACCAUCAACAUCACCAUCAUUAUCAUCAUUAACAUUCCCAUCUUUAUCUUACCAUCAUCAUCAUUUAUCAUCCUCAUGUUUAGUAAUGUUGAAGGGAAGAAGAGAAAGUUAAAUCAAACCAUUUGUUUUAUUUUUUUUUCUUCUCUUCCUAAGUAAAUAACGGAUUUCACAUCAAUCAACUUUACCUGAUGCAAGUGAAAAACAGUCAACAUUAAUGGAGUCAAGUUAACUGGCCUGUUAUCAUUACAACACAGGAUCAACAAAACAUUUGUGUUUCAGUGUAAUCACCUUACGGAAUUAUAUUAUAAUUAGGAAUCACACUAUAUACAGAGUUACAUUUGAAGAGUUACGUUUUUGUUAAAUUGUGUCCUUUCAAAGAAGAGCCAAACAAACUAAACUGUUAACAUGUUGGAACCAUCAUCAUCCGAGGAUGAAAACGACGAGUUGGGCCAUGAAGAUUCAGACAAUUUAUCAAACUCAACCCGAGAUGGUUCCUAUCCUGGAGGAAGCUCAAGCCUCGGUGGAUCCAUUGGAUCUACAGGAUUAUAUGUUAGUGGCGGUGGUGGAGCAGGUGGACCUCGAUCGGUGUCACCAGCAAUAUCUGGAAUGAUAAUAUCUGAUUCAGGAAAUUCAACACUUCGCUCAGUCUCCAAUGAUCGUCUCAAUGUUACCGGGUCUCGAGGAUCAGGGUCACUGUUGUCCCGAUCCGUGUCUCCUUCACCAUCACCCUCAUCAACCUUGUCCAUCGGAACAACUGCCUCUAUAUCUGCAGGCCAAGCAACAACUGGAUCCAAUGUUCUUGGUACAUCUGGACCUGCAACGACUGGAAUGGGUUCAUGUUCAGGCUCCGUUUCAGGCCAUAGUCUAACCAAUAGAGAUGGAGCCGGUAGUGCCAGUGGUGGAUCUGAUGCCAAUUCACUGGUUGGUAGUCGAAUCGAUGAAAAUGAUCGCGCUGAAAAGGAAGAGCAAGAUCGUAAAGUGCGCCUUCAACUGUAUGUCCUGGUUACUCGAUGCAUAUCUUAUCCAUUUAACGCUAAACAACCCACCGACAUGUCUAGACGCCAUUUAAAGGUGAACAAAUCUCAAUUGGAACAAAUUAUCAACCGAUUCACCAGUUUUCUCAAAGGUGAUACAAGUUUACCCUGUGAUGAAGCCUUUGUCCAGGCAGUCCAGGGUUACUAUGAACGUUUUUUACGAUCUGACCGAGCAUUACUGAUGGUCACCUCUGGAGCAUCGAGUUUACACGAUUUCCGAUCCAUAUUCAAGUCAUCAAUUGAAAAGCGAGUCAAAAGUCUACCCGAGAUUGAUGGUCUUUCCAAGGAAACGGUUCUCAACUCGUGGAUGUCCAAAUUUGAGGUUCUCAUUAGAGGCGAUGAAGACACCAAAAAGCCAGCUCCAAGUCGAUCCCAAGUAGCCGCUCAACAACAAGGUCUUGCCUCUGAAUUGAUAUUAACCAAAGAACAGUUGUACGACAUGUUUCAACAUGUUUUAAAUAUUAAAAAAUUUGAACAUCAAUUGCUCUACAAUGCUCUUCAGCUCGAUUCUGGUGAUGAACAAGCUGCCGCCAUUAGACGUGAAUUGGAUGGUCGAAUCCAACGAAUAAAUGAAAUGGAAAAGAAUCGUAAAUUAAUGCCAAAAUUUGUGCUCAAAGAAAUGGAUCAUCUUUACAUUGAUGAAUUGCGUUCAUCGGUCAACCAAUUAAUGGUCAAUCUUGAAAGCCUUCCAGUAUCCAAAGGAGGAGCCGAUAGUAAAUAUGGACUUCAGAAGCUCAAAAAAUAUAAUCACAGCAUGAAAUGUUCAACGAAACAAUCAACAGCAAUUUGCUGUCAAUUUGAUUAUUCAUCAAUACUUAUGACUCUUCGUUCACCUUUAUGGACACUUCUUUACGAGGCCUUAUUAUUUACAAUUAAACGCAUAAAUCAAGCUUCAAUUGCUCGAGAUGGUCUGGGUGAAGACACGGAAACGACCCUUUCCAAAACUGAUGUUGUCCUACAAUUUACCAUCGAAGUUGUUGUUAUGGAAAUUCGUGGGCUGAAAUCAUUGAUACCAACUAGGAUUGUUUACUGUACAAUGGAGGUUGAAGGAAGUGAAAAACUGCAAACCGAUCAUGCAGAAGCCCAAAAACCAUUAUGGGAUACUCAGGGUGACUUUACAACUUGCCAUCCAUUGCCAAUAGUUAAGGUUAAACUGUAUGCUGAAAGGCCGGGAAUAUUGAGUUUAGAUGAUCAAGAAUUGGGUAAAGUUACUAUCAAACCGACUCCGUUAAGUACAAAAGCUCCUGAAUGGUACAAAAUGAUUGUUCCCAAAAAUGCGCCCGAUCAAGAUCUGACAAUAAAGAUAAUUGUCCGAAUGGAUAAACCGCAAAACUUGAAACACUGUGGCUUCUUAUUUGGCCAAGGUAAAGGUGUCUGGAAAAAGUGGAAGAAACGCUACUAUGCGCUGGUCCAAGUGUCUCAAUAUACAUUUGCUAUGUGCUCUUAUCGGGAGAAGAAAUCAGAUCCAACGGAAUUGCUGCAACUGGAUGGGUUUACCGUUGAUUACAUUGAACCUUUACCCGAACUGGAAGGACCCAAGUUUUUUUUCAAUGCCGUUAAAGAAGGUGAUUCGGUUAUAUUUGCGUGUGAAGAUGAAAACGAGUGUCACCUUUGGGUUAUGGCGUUAUACCGAGCCACCGGUCAGGCACACAAGCCUACACCUUUAGUUCAAUCGUCCAAAAACUCGACCAUUUCACGGCUUCAAGGUGAUGCUGAUCGUGCCCGUAAACAUGGAAUGGAUGAGUUUAUCUCUUCAGAUCCGUGUCGCUUUUCCCAUUCCGAGCUUUUCCGUCUCCUUCAAAGUGAAACUUUACACUUUCGCCUUAACGAUCCUUACUGUUCUCUGGGCUGGUUUUCACCGGGUCAAAUUUUUGUCCUCGAUGAGUACUGUGCUCGAUAUGGAGUUCGUAGUUGUUUCCGUCACCUGUGUUACUUGAGUGAUCUACUUGAUGCAGCUGAACGUGGACUGGCCAUUGACCCAACACUUAUUCAUUACUCUUUUGCUUUCUGUUCCUCUCAUGUUCACGGUAACUCAACCAGUGCACCACCCAUUGGUCAGGUUGCCUUUGACAUUAGACCCGAUGGUAUUGGCACUGUUACGGUAGAGGAAAAGGACAUGUACGCUGUGAUUAAGGAGCGACUUGGUUCGCUGUUGGAACAUCAGGUUACCAAUUUUCGCUAUUGUUAUCCCUUUGGUCGACCUGAAGGAGCUCUUAAGGCAACCCUUUCCCUUCUUGAACGGGUUUUAAUGAAAGACACUCGAACUCCAGCUCCUCCUGAUGAGGUUCGAUCCAUAAUUAAAAAGUGCCUUGAGACUGCAGCUCUUGUUAAUUAUACCAAAAUAUCGGAACAAGCACGAAUUGAAGAAAUUGUUAAUGAUCCAAAUUUGACUGCAACAGCUAAAUUAAAGGAAUUGGUUCGACUGGCUGAACUUUGUGUUGAUUUAAUCAAAGAGAACAACGAAUAUUAUGCUGAGGCUUUCAGUGGGGAGGUCGCUUUUGCUUGGUUCUCGGAUCUUCUAGUUGAACAUUGUGAGAUUUUCUGGUCACUUUUUGCUGUGGAUAUGAACACCAUUCUGGAUGAACAGUUACCUGAUACAUGGGAAAGUUUCCCUCUUUUUCAAGUUCUUAACAAUUAUCUGAGAGUUGAUGAAAAUCUUUGCGGAGGUCGAUUCCAUUCUCAUCUUCGUGAUACUUUUGCACCUCAAGUGGUUCGAUAUGUUGACUUGAUGGAGUCUUCCAUCGCUCAAAGUCUCCAUAAAGGCUUUGAGAAGGAAAAAUGGGAUCUCAAAGGGAUUGUAGGUUGUUCAACAUCAGAAGAGUUAUUCUGGAAAUUAUCUGCUCUUCAGGAUUUUAUAAGAGAUUUAUUCUGGCCUGAUGAAGUAUUUGCAAACCACUUGGAACAAAGGCUCAAAUUAAUGGCCUGUGAUAUGUUAGAGUCAUGCUUAAAUCGCACCUUGGCUGCCUUUCAAAAUUGGGAAAAAAAGGGAACCAGAUUUGGUAAUCCAACUGAUUAUAUAAUCCCAUCCGAAAUGUGUGCAAUGAUUAACGUUGUUCUUGAAACCAAAAACCAGUCACUCAAAUUGUGUACAUUUGAAAAUGGCGAUGUCCAUCAAUAUCACAGUAAAAUUGAUCAAUUGGUAGACAAAGCUGUAAUUGAAAUGCAAACAGGAAUAAUUGCCAAGUUAACCGGAAUUUUGGAAGCCACUUUGAGUAAACUAUCGCGAUAUGAUGAAGGAACCUUUUUCGCCCCAAUAUUAACCAUAACUUAUAAACAAGGAGUCUCGAGCAGUGGCAAAGAAAUUGGCAAAUCUUAUGUUAACUUUGUGCGUAACAAUUUAGAGCAAUUACGUCAAAAGAUUGCAGAUGAGUUAUGGGUUUUACAUGUUCUUGAGCAAUGGUAUACUAACCAGAUUAAUAUGAUUUGUUCCUGGCUUUCCGAAAGGAUUGACCAUGGAUUACAUUCUGUUCAAUUGUCAGCUUUGUCCAAUAUUGUAAAGAAAAUGUAUUCAGAUUUUGAGCUUCAAGGUUUUGAAGAAGACAAGGUAAAUUCUAAAAAUUAUCAAACUGUUAUUGCUCGUAUUCAAAUGGAAGAAGCUGCCGCAUCGGUCAACAAUGAAGGUGUCCGAGAAGAUGAUGAUUCGUGAGGAAAUGGCCAAUGGAAGCCAAGCAACAUCAGCUCGUCGGGUAUCAACAAUGUCUCGUGGUGAUUCAGACCCAGAUGGUUCAUAUGUUAGUCGAAUCCAAAAUGCAACAUCCAACGUAAUGGGUAGAAUCGGCGGUAUCGGAAGAAUUACUGGCAACUUAAGUGGUAACAUUGCUACUAAAUUUGGUGGUGGUUUCAUGAAAUUUUAACGUUUGUUCAAAUUAAUAUGGAUGGAAUCAAUUUUCACAUUUUUCGUCUCUAAGACACCCUAUCAGCUCUAAAUACUCAAUUAUCUUGGUGACCCAAAACUAUUUCAAUAUCAGAUUUGAUGAGUUGAAAUUGAAUGGCUGGAAACCAUUCCAAUGUACUUAGUUUGUACAUUAAUGUUCAAGUUUUAAUAUUGGAAUUCCUUCAACUAUAUAUAUAUACUACGUUAUCAAAUUUACGUUAUUUGUUCUCUUGUUGUUUGAUUCUUUUUUCACCGUUAAUCAUCUUGAAUAAUAUAGCAUUUAACUCAUAGAUAACAUCUACUUAAUUUUUGGAUAAACAAAGAUUACAAUCUGCCUCAUAACCUGAUCUCAUGGAGUAACUGAAAAAGAAACAAAUAUCUUAAAAUGGAUAAUUUUCUUCGCCAUGAUGGCUUAUUUUCAAGUCAUAUAUUUUGAUCCUCCAAACUCUUUUGGGAACAACAAAUUCAAGAAAUUAUUUAUUAAUUGUUCAUCAUAUAUUUGCAUAUGACGUGCUCUUUUCAAGGAAAGGAAAACAUCUAUAGUCUAUUAAUACUGUAAAAAUUAUAUUCAACAGUAAAUUGUUGGAAAAUCUGUCAACAAUAAUCAGCUUUAAAUUGACUCAAUGAAAUUGAAAACCUGUGAAGCUGUUUAACUGAACUAUUUGUUUACAUCAAUUUUCAGAUCAACAGCAAGCCUAAAUUUGGUUAGUGAAACGGCCUGACCAACCCUAUCAACAUAACCAUGAUAACUUAACAUAUUAACAUUUUUUUGUCGAUUGUGAUCAUUCUAUCUGUCACAUAUAAACAUUCCUCUCAAAAUUGGUCAUCUAUUCAUAUGAACAUAUACUUUCAACUGUAAAUUGGAAACAUGAAACUGGUCAUUUUCAAGUGAAAAAGUAUAUUUAAAGACAACAUCUAAUAGGAAAUUGGAACAACUUAAACAAUUAUUUUCAACCAAUGUUGAGCAAAAUAUCAAAUCCAUCCUCAAAUUAUAUCAAAUUAUAUCAGAAAUUCUUGCAAAUUAUAAAUUGUUCGUUUUGUUAUAAAGAAAAUGUAUCAAAAUGUUUGCAACAAUCAAGCAAACAAAGACUACCUUCCAGACCUUUAGCAUCAUUUAUGUAAUAUCUUGAGUUUACUCUUUAAUGCAUUUAUUGUAAAUAUCAAUACAGAAUCGCACCUCAGUAUUGGAAGCAAUAUUUUUUCCUCUGUAAAAUUCAAUUAAACUUAACUAAUAAAAUUAAUUUAAUUCAUUA